GACAGUCAACACUGAGGGCUCAUUUUUCACCGCAGCCUGUGGUCAGGUUGACUGCUGCUGCUUUUCUCUUAAUUCAAAGUCAAGUGUAGUUUUUAUACCAGGCACAUCUCCGGAGAGCAGAGCGGCCAACAACAAACUUCAGGACCCGAACAGGAGCUCGGUUUGUCGGAUAUAAAGUCCUCAGAGGGUCCGGUGACAUCCAGCGUGGAGAUACCUGCGUGUUAUUUGUGCCAUGUUUUUCUAACGUUUCACGGAUUAUUGGAUGAAGCCCACACCUGCAGCGGAGCGUCCACUGUGAAGCAGGAUGAACGGAUAUGAACCUCCAGCUCUCGCCUCGGGCAUCUUCAGCUCCUCCAGCUCACAGAUCAAUGGCCAUGGCUCUCAGUCUCCUGAGCCCUCCAACAAUAAAGCCAAGUCCAGUGCCAAAGCUCUCUACGAACAAAGAAAACAUUUCACCAAAACCAGCAUCAACAGCCUGACGGACACGUCGCAGUAUCAUGUCGAGCACCUGACCACGUUUGUUUUGGACCGCAAAGACGGGAUGAUCACGGUGGACGACGGUAUCCGACGUCUCCGCCUGCUGGACGCUAAAGGGAAAGUUUGGACUCAGGAGAUGUUGCUGCAGGUGGAAGAGAAGACGGUCAGCCUCAUCGACCUGGAGACCAAGAAUGAGUUGGAGAAUUACCCCAUCGGGAUGAUCCAGCACUGCCAGGCCGUGAUGAACGCCUGCAGCUUCGACUCCAUCUUGGCUCUGGUGUGUAAAGACUCGGGUCAGACCAAACCGGACCUCCACCUGUUCCAGUGUGACGACAUCAAGGCGAUUCUGAUCCACGCCGACAUAGAAAGUGCCAUGAUCGAUGCCAAAGGAGGCAAAGUGAAGAAGAGACCAGAAGCACUGAAGAUGAUUUUAAAGAGUGACGGGAUCAUCCCUCCUCCACCCGCCGCUCCCGCCCCCGAGCCUCCGGUGACGUCCAACCAGCUGGAUGUAAAGAGUCGAGCGGCUGCAUGGUCAGCCUGGACCAAUGAGCAGCAAGACUAUGAGAAGCAGAGACAGGUGUGUUUGGAGGACGGUCCGGUGGAGAUGACGGCGGCCCGAGUGGACCGAGACGUGCAAAUCCUGAACCACCUCCUGGACGACAUCGAGUUCUUCGUCACCAAACUUCAGAAAGCCGCCGAGGCGUUUACGGAGCUCGCCAAGAGGAAGAAGACCAAGAAGGGGAAGAAGAGAGGACCGGGAGAGGGCGUCCUGACUCUGCGCUCGCAGCCUCCCGGUGAGGACGAGUUUGUCCACUGUCUGCAGAAGUUCAAACACGCCUUCAACCAGCUGGGGAAACUGAAAGAUCACAUCCAGAACCCGAGCGCCGACGAUCUGCUUCACUUCCUGUUCACUCCUCUGAAGAUGGUGGUGCAGACGUCCGGCAGCGUGGAUCUAGCUCGGAGCAUCGUGGUCCCUCUGCUCACCCGGGAGGCCAUCGACUUCUUGCACGGCUCGGGGACGGCAGAGGAGAGACACCUGUGGGUCGCCCUGGGAGACGGCUGGACCAAGUGCAGGUUGGAGUGGCCGAAGGAUCACUACUUCCCCCCCUGUGUGCUGAGGUUUCGGGAUGGCUGGGAGCCUCCGGUGCUGCCGGCGAUGGUGGCAGUGGCUCCGUCCAGAGAGGAGCUGAACCAGCUUGCGGAGAGUCUCGCCAACGCCGAGAUCAUGAGACACGAGGAGCUAAGGGCCCGACUGAACCAGGAGCAGACCGUCGUGCAGACCUUCCCUCCUGCAGACGGGUAUGCCUUUAACUCCUCCUACAAACGCUUACAGAUGCUGGAUCAGGACGCCGCCGUGGCUGCUUUUAAACACGCCAUCAGCCGCCACGUAGACGGGAGGUUUGACGCCGACAGUCGAAGCCAACAAACUCUGUUUGCCAAAUCGAAAUACGACUUUGUGGCGAGAAACAACACGGAGCUGUCUGUGAUCAAAGACGAGGUCGUCGAGGUUGUGGACGACAGGAAGCAGUGGUGGAAGGUUCGUAACGGCUGCGGGGCGUCAGGCUACGUGCCAAACAACAUCCUGGAGAUCACCAAAGCCGUCGACAUCACCGGCAGAGGAGAGCCGAUAUACAGCCACACCAUACAGCUCAUGAUGCCAAAGAAAGAGUUUGAGUUGUUUAAGCAAUUACUGGGAGAGUUGAACGAGAAGCAGACGUCCAGGACCGACCUCGUCCCGAGUAAACCGGUUGUGACUCCGAUGCCUCCGGCCCCUACGCCGCCUCCCCCGGCCCCGGCCCCCGCCAGGCUCCCCACGCCGCCACUGCCUCCUCCGGCCGUCGAGCCCCCGAAGAUGGUGGCCAGCAGCAGCACGGUCAGCCGACAGAACAGCAACACGUCCAGCGACAACGGCAGCGUCGCCAUGAGAGAGAACAACAACCAGAGACCUGCAAACUCCAACCGCAGGAAAUCCAACAUGGAGGAGGUUCAGGACGAGCUCAUGCACAGGCUGACGUUGGGUCGCAGCGCUCAGAAGAAGUUUCCGGUUCCUUCUCGCAGCGGCAGCAUGCCGCCCGUCAGCAUCACCUACGAGUCCUCCCCUGAGCACGUGAAGGCGUGGCUAGAGGCCAAAGGCUUCAGUCCAGUCACCAUCACCAGCCUCGGCGUCCUGACCGGAGCUCAGCUGUUUUCUCUCAACAAAGAGGAGCUGAGGACGGUCUGUCCCGACGACGGAGCUCGAGUUUUCAGCCAGGUCACGGUCCAGAAGGCGGCGCUGGAGGUUUUCUUCUGACGCUUCUUUGAUCUUCUGAAUCUGUUACCACAGUCGUUCAGAGGAGUUCAGGCUCUGAGCUCCAGGAGAUCAUGAGGAGGCGGCAGGAGAAACUGGCAGCCAGCACCGUUGAUUCAGGGGUCGAGUCUUUUGAUGAAGGCAGCACCCACUGAGCUCUC